GGCCGCCAGCGAGCCAUGGCGAGCGCAGCGCCCGCGCAGCCCCGCCAGGCGGAGGCGGGCGGGCAGAGUGGCGGCGGGCGGGAGCGGCCGGAGACCCUGGAGGAGCGGGACGCGGCGGAGGCCGGGGAUGCGGAGCCGGCGGAGGUGCCAGGCGGGGCCGGGGCGGCGGCGCUGCUCGGGGAGACGGGGCUGGCGCUGGGCUGCUGCGUCGCGGAGGCGCUGAGCUGGGAGCGGCCCCUCCACAGCCUGGGCGGCUUCGUCUGCGCCAACCUGCUGUUCUGGUUUAUUGCACUGACCUCUUGGAGAGUGUAUCACCUGACUUCUCUCAUAAUACUUGGAGUCCUAGUUCUUCAGAUAAUAAAGGAUUUGGUAUUCUCAAGGAUAAAAGGUGCACAGCUUUGGAGGACCAUCACUGGCAACUGGAAAGUCGUUGAUUCCAGGCAAGACUCCAGACCCAGAAUAAAUCAGUGCAUUUCAGAAACACUGAUGAAUUUAUUUGUAUUUCUUCAAGAAAUGUCCCACUUCAAGGAACAAAACCCUGGCAAGUUUUGCCUACUAGUCUGCAGUGUAUGUACAUUUUUCACUGUCUUGGGGAGUUACAUUCCUGGAGUUGUCCUCUCUUAUGUCCUGUUAUUGUGUGCCUUUUUAUGUCCCUUCCUUAAGUGCAAUGAAUUUGGACAGAAAGUAUGCAACAAAAUUAAGGCUGUUCUGAUUAAACUAGAUUUUGGAAUAGUGGAAUAUAUCAACCAGAAGAAAAAGGAGAGAUCUGAAACAGCAAAAACAAAACCCACAGAGGAUGACAGUGAAUUAGACAUAUCAGCCCUAUGUCCUAAGGUUAGUCCUGCAGUUGUUGCCAAAGAGCUGUCAGUGUCUGACACCGAUGUCUCAGAAGUCUCUUGGACCGAUAACGGGACCUUUAAUUUAUCCGAGGGGUAUUCUCCACAGACAGACACAUCUGAUGAUUUUGACCGACCUAGUGAUCAUGAAGAAGCUUUUGCUAGAGACCUUUCAGAAUUUCCUUCUUUAGAAAAUGGCACCGGGACAAAUGACGAUGAGGACUCAAGCAUCGGCAUCCCCGUCCAGCACGAACGGAAAAAAGAACAAACGUCUUUCAAGGUGGAUCAUGUUUCCAGACAGAGUAAAGAGAGACCGUCCACUGCAGGGCUGUCCUUGCCGUUGACCAGUGACCAAACCUUUAAUUUAAUGAGUGGAAUUGCUGGGGAUGUCAUUGCUGCUGCAGUGUCUGCUGCCAUCAAAGACCAGCUGCAGGCCGCACAGCAGGCUCCCUCACACGCAGCGCCCAGUUUGAGCGAGGAGACAGACACAGAGGAAGCUGAUGAUUUUGAACUGCUUGACCAGUCUGAGCUUGAGCAGAUUGAGAAGGAAUUGGGACUUUCACAAGGCCAAGAAGCAGAAUCCCAAGAAAAGAAGAAAUCGUCAGGCUUCCUUUCAAAUCUGCUUGGAAGUCAUUAACCUAGAAAUUGCAGCUGAUAACAUAGAAGAAAUGAAACACACACACAAAAAAUCAAAUGCAAAAAAAAAACAAAAAACAAAAAGGAAAUUUUAAGCUGUAAGCUUUAACUAUCCCUCUAGAUGUGUUGUAAUAAUUUCCCUUAUGCAGAGUGAAUUAACUGGAAAAAUAUCAGCUGAUACUGAUAGCUUAAUGUUUUCAGUAGUUAUACCUCAGUGUAAUAGCAUGGAAAUGAAUUAUCUAUCCACUGUUUGGUUGCAGAUGAGUGUUGGAGAGGUCAGUUGUUCAAAAGAGUUGGGGGAGAGUUUUUUUUUAUCUUUUUGCCAACCAUGUAUUUUGGAGUCCUGAGCCAAAUUUUUUACAUUGGCAGUUUGCUUACUCUUGGUUGCCAACCAUGGAAUACAAUUAAUGAUUCACACAGUGAGGGCGAGUUAUCAAAGGGUUGCAAUGAGAUUUACUAAAUCUCACCUCCUUCAAUCAUCCCUGCAGUUAGCAUUAUGUGUAAUGCAUCUACUACAUAUGAAACACAUUAACCAGCACAACUCUAGUUUAAAUAUGUGUGCAGCACUAUCAAAGAUCUUGAUUUCAUACUUAAAACCUUUGAAUUAUUUUUGGAUAUGGUGAUGCAUUUCCAAGGUUUUUGCUGGUUUAGGCUUGUAGAGUUGUAAAGUGGCAUGCUAUUUGACCGAAGGCCUGCUGUGUUACUUGAUAGAGUCUGGUCCGUGGCAGUAUUGCCCAUAUAAAGUCAGCCAACACAUUUUUACAUUUAAGAGUUAAUAUCAUGUAAACCGAACAACCUUCUUGCGAGCAGGUGAGGGUAGUUAUUUUUUUGAAUAGGGGUUAGAGUUUAAAAAAAUAAAAAUAAUAAAAGAAAAGGGUUUUUUAGGUUCAGCUUUCUCAAUUCAAGAUUCUGUGAGAUUUAUGAUUUUUUCCCAGGACAGCUUCUAUCAGUUGCAACAAAAGCUGUGUUGCAAGCUGAAUCUUUUUAAGAUUACAAGUAUUCAGUGAGGUCAUUUGCUAUAGAAGACACUCAGAGUCGUCUUCUUGGCAUUUAAAUUAAAUUUAAUUUAAAGCAAACAAAAAAGAAGUCAUUUAAAUUAUUUGCCAGCUUAAACUCCACACAUGCUCAGAGAGUAGCCUGGGAUCUUAAGCAGGUAACUUAUUUAACUUUUUCUAGAGCUUUUUUGUUCACCUGUGACAAAAUUGAAUUGUAAUACCAAGCAAUAGCAAUCAAAGAAAUAGGAAGAAGUAAAGCUAGUUUUUUGAAUAUGAUAUCAAGUGUUAGCAAAGUUGAGGGACCAUGUCAGCUGCUACUACUGAAGUGAUUUUCCAUUUGCUGGCAUUUGAAGAGGUGAAUACUGUCAUCUAGGACCCUCCAAAAGUACAGCAACAGAUUAUGAAAAUCUUCCACUAACAUAUAUGUGUAGGUAAACCUGUGUUUAAAGUUAACUCCAUUUUAAUUUGUUUUUCUUUCUGAGGUGAAAAAAAAGGCCGAUGGCCAAAAAGAGUGUAGUGAAAGGAAAGAUGCUGAGAAUUUUUGACACUGACUUUAUUGUUGCUUGUGCUCUUGUGUCAGUAACGCAUAUUGACCGUGUUUGCUGUCCAUUACCAGUAAAAAAGUGAGCCUGUGCCUUCACUAUCAAGUCCAUUACAAAGUAAGUGAAUGCUGCAUAUAGAUCCCACAAGAUGGCAGCUUUUGAAACUAUAACAUCUUAACAUUAAAAAAGUUUAUGGAAGUAUUAAAAAAACAUGGCCACAUGUUAAGUUUCUUUUUUCACUUCCCUAAGCCUGUCCUUCCCAUUGAAAAAACAAAAGAAGCUUUUGCUGGGAAAUCAGUCACUUUAUAGGCCAUUUAAAUGUCUCAGAUGAGUUGAAAGCCUUGUUUCCUUGCUGCAUGCUCAGGACGGUCUGUAAGUUAGAAGAGUACGGCUUCCAAGUUGUUGAUGAAACUUCAUAGGACACCCAGACAACUGUGCUUCCUUGAAGAGAAGCACUGGUGCCAGGAGGUGAAAUGGGGAGAGGCAGGAGGGAGGGAGGGAGCGGUCAGUCAUUCACAGGCCCUUCUAGAGCAGGUUGAUGGGAUGGACUAGCUGGCUAUCAAUGGUGGCAUUAUAAGAGCAUGCACUUUAUUGUUGUUUUAUGAAGAAUGCUUGUGGUUAUAAAAGUGUGUAAUGCAGGGGCACUCUUCUUGAAUAACAGAUUAGAUCAAGAAGUAAAAGCAGUUGGAGGAGUUUCUUGGACUUUUUGUAAAUGAUCCAUUUUCUGGUUUCAAGAUAGAAAAGUAGCUUGACUUUUCUGCAGUACAAGUCUCAAUUUAUUUUUUUUCUUUUUCCAGAAAGAAAAACAAAGCAAAACUUGGAACAAGCAAAUCAUUAAAGUUUAGGGGCAUAAUUGCUUAUUUGAGUGUCUUUAGAAUUUUAUUUUUCUGUUCUCAUGGUAGUCAAUUACAUUCAAGGCCCUUAAUACUGUGUAAUGGGAAGGAGGUAAUUCCGUACCAUUUAAUAUUCCUCCUCAGGUAGGGCAAAGAUGCUUAGUUUUGCAAUUACCUCUUCCCUCCCAAACAACCACACAUAAGAAACACUUCUCUCAGACACAGUACAUUCCACUGCCAGCAGUUUGACAGCAGAACACAAAGAAACAGUUUCUCUCCUUUGUGAGAUCCCUUCCACACUGCCUUCAGUUGGAAAUCCCUCAAGAAACCUUCAUUUUGCUGUAUUCUAGCAGCAGCCACAAAAUAGCAGUUAAUUAAAAAUUCCUGUCAAAAUGGUCCACAGCAUCUUUCCAACCCGAACACUGGUCGUCGUCACCUUCCCAUCUUCCAAAACUGAAGACACGGAGAGGAAGAAAGACCAAGCAAGCAUGAGGUAGCACGUAGCUUUGAAACAUGAAAGCCUGCUUGCGUGCAGGUUCCAGUCAAAAGUCAAUACAGGCAGCCUAGAGGGCAAGAGCAGAGUGUGGACACGUGAGCAAGUGCCCUGGGAGCGACACAGGGCAGGAUCUUGCUGUGGGAUCAGUUCUGCCUGCGUGACCUGGUGUGCUCUGGCCUGGUAGUAAAUUGAGGGUGCCAGGUCUUUUUGCAGUAGCGUGGUGAAAGUCCUCACCCUCCCUCGCCUUGCAGUGGCUUCUCCAUGCAUCCGGGCUGGAGGAGAAUGGCAGUCAGGACUGUGGGAUGCAGUGCAGUCCUUCGCACUCGGAAGACUUUCCCGUAUGCCGUUCCCUCUGAGUGACCAGCGGAGCGGCCGCCGUGGGAUCGGUGGCCUUCAGCGUGUCAAACCCGGGGUCCGAGCACCCAUCUCCAGCACGCUGGACUUCCCCUGCGCCUGCACCGCACACCUACCUGCCACGCGUCAGUUUGUCUGGGGGGAAAUAAAAUGCUCGAUGCAGAGGAGGGGAGAGAAUCUUAACCCAAAGUAAUAGGAUAUGAAGAAAUACUCGGUUUUACUUGUUUUGUUUGCUUUGCACUUUUUUUCAGACUGUUUACGCAGUCUGAACAACCCCCCUGCGUCUCCCCGUCUGUUCUCAGCACGUGAGCAGCGCAGCAGCCUGCAACCCCCGCCCAUCCAGGUAACCAGAAACUGGAGGAUUGCAAAAUGUCUUUAUUUAAAAUACUUUGCAGCACUUUACCUAGCCUGAUGACUAUUUUGUAAACAUGGAAUUAUUAUAUUGAUUGUUUGUAAAACCAUUUAAUAAAUAUGUGUUAGUUUUUAUCUUU